UGCGCACUGUGCGUCUGUCGCCACAUUCCCCGCCUGAGCUCUGAAGCCAACAAGCUGCAGCUUCUUCAUUGCAACAGAAAGAGAAGAAGGACAAUAUUCCAGUUAUUGUUCAAAAGGGAGGGUUCGCAAGGCGAACCAAGACGUCGAUUUGGUGACAAAACGAACGGUGACCGUAAAGACGACCUUUGAGAGGCGAGUAGUUGUGAUCGUCUGGCUGCUCUGGCACCUAUUCCGAAGAUCUGAUUCACUUGCUCAGUAACCAUGGCAACAGAGGAGAAGAAACCAGAAACUGAAGCCACUAAAACACAGUCUGCUUCAUCAGCAUCUGCUAGUCAGAGCAAGUCGGCACCAGUGAAGCCCAAUUACACCUUGAAGUUUACAUUGGCUGGCCACACAAAAGCUGUCUCAUCUGUGAAAUUCAGCCCUAGCGGGGAGUGGCUGGCCAGCUCCUCUGCUGAUAAACUGAUCAAAAUAUGGGGAGCGUAUGAUGGAAAAUUUGAGAAAACAAUAUCAGGUCACAAACUUGGGAUCUCAGACGUGGCCUGGUCCUCUGACUCCAAUCUCCUUGUGUCUGCCUCCGAUGACAAGACUCUUAAAAUCUGGGAUGUCAGCUCGGGCAAAUGCUUGAAAACAUUGAAGGGGCACAGUAACUAUGUUUUCUGCUGUAACUUCAAUCCCCAGUCCAAUCUGAUUGUUUCAGGAUCGUUUGACGAAAGUGUUAGGAUAUGGGAUGUUAAAACAGGGAAGUGUUUGAAGACGUUGCCAGCUCACUCUGAUCCUGUAUCUGCUGUACAUUUCAAUAGAGAUGGAUCUCUCAUUGUCUCCAGCAGUUAUGACGGUCUCUGUCGAAUCUGGGACACAGCAUCAGGACAGUGUCUGAAAACGCUAAUUGAUGAUGACAACCCCCCUGUGUCAUUUGUGAAGUUUUCUCCCAAUGGCAAAUACAUAUUGGCAGCAACCCUGGAUAACACUCUGAAGCUUUGGGACUACAGCAAAGGAAAGUGCUUGAAAACAUAUACUGGCCAUAAAAAUGAGAAGUACUGUAUAUUUGCAAACUUCUCUGUCACUGGUGGAAAGUGGAUUGUCUCGGGCUCAGAGGAUAACAUGGUAUAUAUUUGGAAUUUACAGACCAAGGAAAUUGUACAGAAGUUACAGGGCCACACGGACGUUGUGAUCUCUACAGCCUGUCACCCAACAGAAAACAUCAUUGCCUCUGCAGCGCUAGAAAACGACAAAACCAUCAAACUCUGGAAGAGUGACUGCUAAGUGGAGGAAAAGCUUUCAAAAGAGGACUUUUUGCAGGCUUGCCCCGGGACCCAGCAGGGGCUGGCAGAUGUGUGAGGGAAAGCUGAAAAUACAGAUUGGAGGCAGUUGCUUGAGCUGUUAAGAACAUGGUCAAAUCCACUUUUUUCUAAUGAGCAAAUCCUCCCCCUCCUAAAACCACAACUUCUAAGCUCUCUCGCUUUCUCUUUUUAAGGCCUUAUUUUAAAGUGUGAAAUGUAUCUUUGUGUUUACUUAUUAAAUUUUAGUCGUUAAAUCAACUGCUUGCUGAAAAAAGGGGUUAGCUUUGUUCAACAUUGUAUUAAUAGUGGCAGCUUGGUCAGACAUAGCUUUACCAGUGCUAAAUAAUAUUAGAAGUGUACUGUUUUUUCCUUUCCUGAGGAAGGCAGGAUGAUUUCAAUGCGACACUAAUACUCAUCCACAAAAAGAUUGCAGUUUAGUAUUCCAGGCUUAAAUGAUGGUCACAGGGGCUUUAAGUUUCCAGAAACCGGACCUGAUAGAAAUAUGGCAUUAAGUAAAAACAAACGAAGACAAAAAUGCAACUUGCAAUUGAAUUACCUGAUCUAAAACACAAAUUGUUUAAUGUUUAGAUGUUAACUAGAAUUAUGGUCAAACAGCAGCUUAGACAUUCUGCGCAAUGGAAGAAACAGUGUAGCAGUAGGUUUAAAUGAGACUCGCAUGUGUCUUUUACCUUCUCGAAAACUGCCAAAGCUGGAAAUAAUUAUUUUUGAUGUUAUACUUCAUAGUAAUCGGUCUCCCUCCCACCUACAUUGUACCAAACAUUACAAUCUAACCUUAGGUCUCAAAGCGAAUAUUACUAUGUAAAUCAGUUUGCAGCAGUAUAAUGUCGACUAAACUCAAUGAAGUCACUCUGUGUUGAUGAAGAAUGAUUAGUCUUUGCUGUGCUUGGCAUUUAAGUUGUCACAUAAGUAGAAUAUACAACCUAUUCACCUGCCAGAAUUCUGACACUUUUUUUCAACCCAGUUUCAGAGACAGAUGGACUCUGUCUUUAAUUGCUUUGAUAACAAGUACUGGUGUUCCAACAUAUGUGUAUAUAUUUCUGCUUAUUGAAUAUCUGUAAGCCAUUAAUUUUUCUAUUAUAUUUUGCUGCCCCUUUUAAUUAAAACAGUUCCCCUUUCCAAACAAAGAAGUAGUUAAAUGUGUUAAACAAUACAUCACUUGUUCAGCAAGUGGUCGUAUUUGUUUGUCAUUGCUUAGUUAUGAGCUGUCAGUUGAGAAAUGAAAAUGUUUGCAAUCAUCAGUAAUCAUUUAUAGUCCUGAUGUGGGGUUGAUGUCAUACAGCACAUCUGCUCCAGGUUGAAGGUUGAAGCUGGAUUGAUAACUGCACCCAGAAUUCUAAGUAAAAACCUGUUAUAAAUGGACAAAGAUCCCAGUAAUUGCAGCACAUUGUUCAGACGUCAGCUCUUUGAUCGUGAUCUUGCCAUUAGACAACCAGGAUUGGUUGACCAGGAUUCUGCCAGUAACAGCCCACACUUGAGUUAAGAGAAUUUAAGCUGGCCGAAGUUCUGGCUCUUACUGUGACUGACUCCUGGGACCUUGCAGGCACACAGAAGCUUAUAGUUGCAUCACUGGGAGAUGUGCCACUCCUUUCAGCACAAACUCUCCUUGAAGGAGCUCCGGAGCAUGCAGUGUGUCAAAUAACAAAAGGCUGUGACAAUUGGGGGUAUUGGAGAACAUUUGCAGUACAGAAGUCCUGGCUUAAAACCGGUUUGUGUUUGUAGUCAGCAGUUUCAAAUUGGCAGAGUAAAAAUAUAAAUUGGAGACAAAAAUAGAUUUGGUAGAGGUCUUAGGACCAUAUUUAUUGAACAUUUCCUGCCUUGCUGGGUUUCUAUUUAUUUUGGUUAGAAAAUUCAAAAGUCUUUAGCGAGUCUUUGAAAUAGUUUUAAUUUGAGUGUAAUAUUACACAAAAAUACUAAACCACUGAAAUUUAAAAAUGAAAGGAUCUCUUUGCAGGUAAAUAGAACUAAGAACUGUGCACUGAAACCCCAAAAGUGACAAAACAUUCAAGUUUUUCUUUAGACCCACUUGUCAAAGCUUUCUCCAUUAAAACCUUUACUAGCAGUAUGCAUCCCCUUGAUGCAACACUAUAUCCCUACUGUGUGAAAAUGGAAUGACUUACAGUUGUGUGCAAUGAUGCCAUCUUGUAAAACAAACUCAAUGUUUAACAAAGCAGUAGCAUAGAAUUCUUAACUAAGCAUUUAGAAUGUAAGGAAUUGUUUUGCAUUCACAUAAAAAUAAUAGACAGACAUUUUGCAUUUAAGUUUAUAAAUGAAGCGAAGUGGCCCCGUAUUAACUUGAGACAAUUAUACAGUAUCUUUUGGAGGGGCUCUGGCAGGCAACCAGACUUUUGUAAUUCAUCUUUGGUUCAGCUGGUUUUGGGCAGCUUCUGUAUAGUUAAACUGCAGUUACAAAAAUGUUUUGCACCCUGGUUUUUAUUAAAUACAGAGUAUUACAGACCGAUCCUUUUUUGUUCAGCAAGCAGUAUAUCAAAAUAAACUAAUAGUAGCUUAUUCACAUUGGGAAAACAUUGUUGUAAGCUUGCUGGCAUUAAAAAACUGUGUAGCCAGUAAUACAUGUUGUCUGAAAAUGUUUUAAGCACAUGAUCUUGUGCUCUCAGUCAGUGUCACAGAAUAGACGUGGAUGGCAUUGACAAUAUGUUGCAGUUCUGAAAGUUUUUCAGGCUAAUUCGUGUCUGUACUUUGUUUCUGGUGUAAACCUUUGUUUUAACUGUGCCCUCCCUUGUUUGGUUGAAGCCUGUGGUUAUAAGGUGGAGAUUAUGGUUGCCAUUCAAUAUAAAGUAAUAAAAGGUACUACUUUUUAUGACAAGGUGGAAUGACUGCUUGUUGAGAAUAGCUUGUAGGGAAUGUUUAGCCUCUGUAGUCUGUGCCAACUGUACAUUUGCAGCGCCUUUGUAGUUUUCUAAGCGAGAUAACAAAUAUACCCAGUACAGUAGCUGGUUUCAAAGCUUCAUUUGAAAUCUGCUAUGGUUACUGAUAAGAACUCGGAGACGUAAUAUUGCACCAUAUGAUUUGUGAAUGAGAAACGAGGGAGGAAAAAUAUUUGGUAAGAUCUAUUUACAACAGUGAAAACCACAAAAGGAAAUACUUUGUUCCGUACAGAUGAAAUAGAACAUUUUUAGAAGAAAGAGGGAAUGGUGCUUUGGUAUUGUAGGCUAUUGUAUACAUGGGAUUCUGAUUUCAUUGGAUUUUUAUCAAUGGAAUAUGGUGCUAAUGAUGGAGGUGAAAUAGGAUUUAUUGUUUUUUAGCCAUGCAAGUGUACAGAUUUAAAUGGUUUGUAUUUCCUACCUAAGACAUUCAAGAUUUUGGUUAACUAGAGGUGACUAGAGCCAAAGGUAGAUGGAAACAGAGAUUAAACCAAAGGUAGGCAUUGUUGUGAACUGAAAUGGCAGAAUGGUUUCAAGGAUGUAGAGUACUCACUUCACCUGGAAAUGACUUUCAUACCUGUGUAAAUUGAAGAAAAGGAAUUUUCUUUAAUUUACUGCUGUUUUUCUCUGGCCGUUUGGUUUGAAAUGCCAUUUUUAAACCUGCAUGAAACAGCUGUGCGUUAUCUUAGAUGUAGGACAUACAGCCAGUUACAAUAGAUUAAAUGACUACAUAAUUUACCUUAUUUCUGUUUUGAUAACUAACUGAAAAAUACCUACACCUGGGAUUGUGAUAUAUGAAAGGGUUAGUGAAUUUUCAUAAUUAGAAUAUUACAGCGACACAAGAGACUCUGCAGUAAACCUUACAAUGUAAGUGUAACAAUACUCGGCAGUAUUGCCCCGGAACGUAUGACACUGCAAUUACACUGCUGUACUCUUCUUAGUAAACUAUCAUUUUAACGGCCUGUAUAACGUUUAACACCAUUGUUCAAUUUAAAAUCUUUAUAUUUUGAAUGUGAAGAAUUUGCUACCAUUUUUCAGAAACAUUUUAAAAUCAGAAGCAUUAUUGUGCGAAAGAAAAACAAAAGAAAAACACUUUUUGUAUUUAUCCAGUUAAAUUUGUUUGAGCUUUGGUUAUCUCAGUCAUUAUUUUAAGCUACAGUAUGUUGCAACAUGUUUGUGACAUUCUUUGAUUUCCUCACUUCUGGUAUUAUGUCAGACUGAUUCUUUAAUUGCUACAUAGGAGUUGUCUGGUAUCAUCAGAAAAACAAAUUUGUUUUUCAAUACUUCUGUUUAUUUUGCUUGAAGGUUUGCCAGCAGCACUUUCAAUAUCCAGAAGAGAAUAUUAUUUAUGUACAGUAGCCUGGUAUUUGUUAAUGUUUUGUCAAACAUUUCUAAUAUUGACAAUUGGUUUAGUAGAACCUAUUAAGAAAGUUGUUGGGCAGAAGAAAGUGUUAUUUCCUGAACACCUGCCUUUAGAGGACACCAGCAUAAAGCCUUAGAACUAGCUACAGAGUAAUUUUAGUGAACCACUGCAAAAUAAUUUCAUGGUAUUGGGUUUCUGAUGCAGCUUCCCUGUGAGGGAAUUGUUUCAGGGCUGCGUCCAGAGUGGUUAUCUUACAGAUCCUAACAGAACAGGACUUCAACUUCAUACCUAAAAAAAGUUAGGAAAGAAACUCAAUAACAUGACAAACAAUUUCAAAAAUUUAACGACAAAGAGUUCAGUCAACAAUGAGGGAGCACAACUUGUUUUCAUGUAAUACCUCUUCAAUUAAUGUGUAUGUCAUCUGCCCUGCCACUUCUAACUCUUUAAACACAUCCCUGUAAACCUUGUUAACCAUCAUUACUGGUAAUCUGAAGUUCUGUAAUUGUAUCAUGGAAUCAUCUCUACACUAUGCAGCAUGGUUUCUUUGGUCCAGGUUAGGUACCCACCUUACCUACUUUAAGAUGGAAAACAUUUUCUAGUUGUUCAGUAGAAAGCAUCAGACUUGACCAGAGGAAGUGUGAAAAUUUCUGCACUUUGUAAAAAUCAGCAUGCCUUGCUGUAAAAAAGCAAGAGAAUCUUUUUAGUGCAAGAUCUCUGAUCAUUCAUUACUUUUCCAUUAGCCAUUUCUUCUUUCUGCCCUUUGCUCUUGAUCCUGCAGUGCAGAGCCUCAAGUGUUUCAUUUCAAAUUGAUACAAGGGCAGUAUGAUGGUUGUUCUGAGGUGUCCAGUGACCAAAUACAUUUUAAGGCCUUCUUGUGAAAUAAGUUUAAAAGUAGUUCUGUAUAUACUUUAUGCUUCUAAUUCUAGCUCAUGUGUUGCUUUACAAGCAAUAUAGAAAAUGAUGACUUUGUUUUUGCUGAUUUGCUUGUAGUACACCAUUUAGAAACUUUUGUUCAAAAGGUGAGGGGAGGCUGGGUGAGGGAACUUGUAAAAUAACUUUUACAUUUUUGAAGGAUUUAUAAUAUUCUGCAGUGUAAUAGAGAACAGCAUGAAAACCAUAUCUGUAUCGCCAUAAAGCAAUCCAGAUUUUGUGAAUACUCAUUUUGACAGUUAUGACCUACAAUUAAAUUUUUUUUACAUG